AUGAAGUUUUCCUUCAUCAUUGCAGUUUUGACUCUCGUGUCAGUGGCUCAGGCUUCUGUCAUUCAAGAACUAGAACCCAACAACGACAUUAACUCUGCUCAGCAAAUCCCUGUCACUGCCUUCACUCUUGGGUACAAUCCUAUUAUUGCAAACUCUGCUACACUUCCUUGGGUAACAAUUGAGGGUACUGGAGAUGGUAGUACUCGUGACUUUUACUCCUUCGUGGUCCCCAAUUCAGGAAUGAUUGCUUCCAUCUUUGACAUUGACAAUUCUAGUCGCUUUAAUCCAAUUCUCACUCUGUAUGACUCAAGUGGAAACGAAAUUGCACAAAAUGAACGUAUGAAUAAUCCAACUGAUCCUGGCUCACGUUCGAGUGGUGACGCCUACUUGACCCACACCUUCAAUACUGCCGGUGCAUACAUCAUUGCUGUGGGUGACAGAAUGUCUGGUUCCCCGGUUGGAGGCAUUCGUAAUGGUGGUGUUUACCAGGUACACAUUUCCCUGGGUUAUACGGAAGCACAGCUUCGAGCUGCUUAUGGUAUGGGAGACCCACACUUUAAGUGUUCUCUCCUUUGUUCAUGA